UAUCGUUUUGUAGCUAGCUACCUAAUCGAUGUCGUGCAGCUACAUUUUAUUUUUUUUGCAUGUCAGAAGCCGCAGGAAUAUCAAGAAAUCAAGCACUGACAUACAUACACAGGUAGUCCAUGGCAGAUCGCACUGAUACUACUUCUCCGUUGGAACCUGCGGCAGACGUGGGCUUUCCUCCCCCUCCUCCCCCUAUCUACUCUUGCACUCUGACCCCAGAGCUGGUGGCCAAGGCACGCGAGGAACUGCAGGAGAAGCCUGAGUGGAGGCUCCGAGAUGUGCAGGCGCUGCGCGACAUGAUCAUGAAGGAGCAACCCAAUUUGAGAACACGGCUGGAUGAUGCAUUUCUCCUACGUUUCCUUAGAGCCAGGAAGUUUGAUUAUGACCGGGCCCUGCAGUUGCUCCUGAACUACCACGGCAGCAGGAGAGCCUGGCCUGAGGUGUUCCAAGACCUGAAGCCCUCUACAGUGAAGCAUGUACUGGAUCUGGGCUUCCUCACUGUCCUCCCGAGGCCAGAUCCUCAAGGUCGCUACAUCCUGUGCUUAAGGCCAGGGAGAUGGAAACCAAAUGACUAUCCAUUUGUAGACAACAUACGGGCCAUUUAUUUGACACUAGAGAAGCUGAUUCAGCCUGAGGAGACCCAAGUGAAUGGCAUAGUUAUUCUAGUGGAUUACAAUGGAGUUGGCUUGUCUCAAGCCUCCAACCCAGGUCCUCUUCUGUCAAAGAAAGUUGUUGGGAUUCUUCAAGAUGGAUUUCCAAUCAGAAUAAAGGCAGUAAAUAUCAUAAAUGAGCCUCUAAUCUUCAAGGGUAUAUUUGCAAUAAUUAAACCUUUUUUGAAAGAGAAGAUGGCUGAAAGGUUUGUCUUGCAUGGCUCUGAUCUCUCAUCGCUGUACCGGGUAAUCCCUCGCUCAGUGCUGCCAGAAGAAUAUGGUGGGAUGGCUGGCCAUCUAGACAUGUCCGUUUGGGCACACACUCUGAUGAAGGCUGAGGAGGAGUUUGUGGUUGAGUUCUGCCAGCCUGAUCCUCUUGAGGGUGCCGUACUGCCUGACUCCUUGCUCUUUGAGGGUGAGCAGGUUGGGGUUCAGGGUGAGGACUCUUACAGAAGCCUUCGUUCUCAGCUCUACUAUUGCUACUGACCUACAUCAGCUUUUGUUUAUUUUGAAAUGUGUCUUUUUUGGUGACUGUAAGGUUCAAAGGUCCAUUUUAAAUUUCUUAAAUGCAUAAUGAUAGCUAAAGAGGUAAGCACUGACUUGCCUUCUUGAGUUAAAGAAAUCUUAGGCUAACAGAGUUAGUGUUCAGAGUCAGCAUGUUUGUUCAUUAUUAAAUUGCUCUUUUUUUGAAUCUUGUAAGAGAAUGUGAUUUUAUCCCAUCUGUGAAAAAAAAGACCUAUUCCAGUGGUUGUUCUUAUGUGUAAGUUGUAGUUUUUUCUUUACUUAAAUUAUUGUUGCUCACGCAGACUGUUCCAAUAGAUUUUCCGUUCAAACUAGAUUUGUAUUCUCUCACCAGGAGAAAUACUGUAGUAGUUUUAACUAAUUUAUAUAUUGUUACAUUUUAACUCUGAAGUAAGGCGCAUUUACAUAUGCUUGUGUUGUUUGCACCUCACAAUAACUACAGAAUGGCAGUCUGACUAAUGUGCAUUCAUUGUUCUUUCCUUAUUAAUCUUUUUUGUUUACACUUUGUCAUAUUCAUGCCUUAAAGUUCUGCAUUUUACCCUUUAUAAGUUCUUUGUGCUUACAGCAAUAUGUUAUAGUUGGUUAUUAAAGUUGAAUUUGCAUCUCCACAAGGCUUUCUUACAUGUGGGUUUGACCCUGCAAAUUAAAUGUAAACACCAGCUAGUAAAGUACCACCUAAACAUCAUGCUGAAUAAACCUUUUGAGCCCAAAUAUGCUUAUAUAAAAACCCUGGUUUAAGGGGCCAAAAUAACAAUUCAAUAUAUGCUGUUUGGACAUGUGUAAAUACAGAAUAACAUUGUUCUAAAAAUGUCAUUAAUCUGACAUUUAAAUUUAAUUUGUUUUUGUCUUGUGCGUGAUUUAGUUAGAGGGCACUGAAACACUCUCUUCAAAAAAUCUUAACUCGUUCAUUGAGUAUUUACCAGUAGAUGGAGACAUUGUACUUGCUUUAUGAAUGGUUUAAAAAAUAAACAUGCAUUUCGGUUUGC